AUGGAAAAAGAAACAAAAAAACCACUUCAUUUUGGAUUAGAAUUACUUGUGAAUGAUAAGGAAUCACUUGUUAAUUACAUCCAAGGAUUACUUCUUCAAAGAAAAGAAGAGGAAGUAAUGGAAUUAUUAACUGUUUUAGAUUGUAAAACUUGGUUAUCAAAAUGCAAAGGAUUUAAUAAAUUGUAUCACUGCAUCGUUGCGUUGGGAUACUUGCACAUUGUUAAAUUUCUUGUUUCAACUUUUCCCAAUGAAGUUGAUGUAAAAAAUGUUAUAGGAUCAACACUUUUAUUUACUUCUAUUGAAAAUAAACAAGAUUUUAUUACAGAAUUUCUUAUCGAAGCUGGUGCUGAUAUUAAUGUUAUAAAUGAUCAUGGAACAACGCUAUUACAUCUUCUUGUUCAAAGAACAGGUGAGUUAUACCUUGAACUAAUGAGAGAAAUUAUUAUCAAUAAUAAGUCGUAUGUCAAUAAACAAAAUAUGAAUGGUGAAACUGCACUUCAUCUUGCAUGUUUAGUGGGCAAUGUUAAAGCAAUUCAAUUAUUACUUAAAGAAGGUGCACAAGUUAUUAUUGAAACAGGAUAUGGAAAAUUACCUUUGAAUUAUGCUAUUGAAUCACCUCAUAUCGAUGUAAUAAUUAAACUUUUAAACAAUUACGAACAAAAAGAACUUGAAUCUAAUACACAAAUAAAUAUACUUGAAAAUAAUUCAUUAGAAUUAGCUGAAUUAAAUGAACAAAACUCAGCAGGAAAUUUUUCUCCAAGAAAAAGACAUAACUCAAUAAAGAAAAUUCUCUUUAAACCAUUAAAAGUAUUUGGGUCUGCUGCUAAAUUAACAGUUGAAAAAGUUUUAAUCGAAGAUAAAAUGAUUCAUAUUCUUAAUUUAAUAAAUCAACAACAAGAGCUUAUUAGUAAAAUUAAGUCAGAUAAUCAUACACAAGAAAUAGAUUCAAAAAUAAACGAAUCAAGCAUUGAUGAAUUAAAACUAAAAAAAUAUCGAAUUCUAGUUCUUGAAACAACUCAUGGUUGUUCUAUAUUAGAUCAAUUAUUAUUAUUACAGAAAUUGAUUAAACAUUAUCCAUCUUUAAUAGAUAAUUGUAAUAUAAUAACUACUUUUGGAUUUACAUCCUUUAAUGCUUGUUGUUUAUUAAAAAAUCAAAUUGAAUUAAUGAUAAAUAUCCUUCCUACUUUAAUUCAAUACACUAAUGAUUUAAAUACAAUUAAGUAUUAUCAAAGUGUUGCAAUGAAAUUAUUCGGAGAUAAUACUAUAAGUACACUGAACAAUAAGUUACAAAUAUUUUAUUAUAACGAUGAUCAUAAACUUCAAUGCUCUCAACCUCAAGACCUCAUUAAAGACUUAUGUUAUAAGACAUGUAUGCCAUCAACUCAUUUUCUUUCAUUAACUUCAAUUACAACAAAUCCAACAAUAUUAGCUAUUCGUCAUUCUAACUCAAUUGGAAUUCAAACAAAAAAUAUUAGUGUUCUAUGUAUUGGAAGUGAAAGAUAUAACUCUAUUACCAUGGAAAAUGGAUACCAAGAAGAUCAACUGAAACAAUCCAUUUCUUUGUUAUCAAAAGAACUUAAACAAAAAGAGAUUGAAGAGGAAUGUAAAAUAAUAUUAGGAGAUCAGUAUUACAAAGUAGAAUUAGAUGAUGAUAUUCUUUCACAAAAAACACAGAAUUGGAUUGUCCAAAAUUGGAAAUAA